CAAUGUGGAGUCGAGCAUCGUGCAUACUGGACAACAGCAGCGACAAGAAAGGCUCAAAUGUCUUGAUCAAAUGACUCUUAGUUUAGUUUUGUUAAGGGUUCGUAUUUGUUCAAUUUCAUCAGUACCGAAACUAUUUUUGUUCGCUGAUUUGUUCUAAUCGAUAAUAAGUUUGUGUUACGACGACGGUGGUCUGUAACAGACGAAAAAAUUACGGGAGAGAUACGGUCACGGACGACAUAACCUCUCCAGUCGUUGAACGCUUGUGUUUAACCGCGAUUUGAAAGAAUGGCUAUGAACGAAGAUUUCAAUUUCGCCGAGUUAUGCAGACUUUGUUCAUUGAAAAGCAACCAUCAGCUCCCAAUUUUUGACAAGGAAGGAGAGCAACGGCAAUUACUAUUCAAAAUACGUUCCUGUAUACCUACUGUGAUAACUAAAGAGGAUGGGCUGCCAAAAAAUAUCUGCCAGAGGUGCCUGUAUAAACUGGAUAUGUUUUAUGAGUUUCGUGUAAGCUGCUUGGCCACAGACACGGUGUUGAAAAAUUACUCGGACAGCUUGAAGCAUCUUGCCGCGUCUGUGAACCAGGGCGCGGACAAAGACAAGAUGUCUAAUGGUAGCCAGCAGCAACAGCAGCGAUCCGCUUACGUCGAGGCUCACGCGGUGGCCCAUGCUGCAGUGCAGCAGCACAUGGCACAACAAGCCGCGCAAGCGAGGCUCGCCGGUCCCGGUCCACCUGCAACACCUCAAACUCCUAAUCCGACGUUCACGUUGCCUGAUGAUGGCCUUGGCUACGACGAUGGUGUCCGGGUGCUACGCUCGAUCGGAACGUGGUCACCGGAUUACUCAGCAGCGAUGCGGCCUGGCGGUGUAAUGCCCCCGUUCCCCGGCGCGAUGGAUCAGCAGUUUGGAAGCAGGGCUCCAACAGUGAACCAGCCGUUGAGAACGACGAACAAUGUACCUUCUCGUCCGGGAUUCGCCUCCAAGGCGACUAAUACGGGUGAGCCGGCGACAAAGGCGUUCGCCUGCACCGUCUGCGGCAAGGGCCUGGCCCGCAAGGACAAACUCGUUAUUCACAUGCGUAUCCAUACCGGGGAGAAACCGUACUCCUGCGAAGUUUGCGGAAAAGCAUUCGCGCGUAGAGAUAAGCUAGUUAUUCACAUGAAUAAGCUCAGACACAGACCAGGGGUGGCGCCGCUGUCUACGCCCACCGCCCCGAAUUCGGAUCAGCAGCAGCAACAGGCUCAGCAACAGCAGCAGCAACAGCAGGCGCAACAGCAGCAGCAGCAACAACAGCAACAGCAAUCACGUCCGGACACUAUACACAAGUUGAAGGAAGAGCCAGUGAGUUGGGCGUGCGAAUUAUGCGGCCGAGCAUUGGCCACGAGGGAAGAGUGGAUGCAGCAUGCUCGAUCUCAUUUGGAAGCGUCGGCACCGCCGCAACACGCGGCGCCAUAUUUCCCAGGAUCGGCGGCGCCGCCGCAACCGUACGCCUCCGAGAGGCAUUUCUGUCUGAUGUGCCGUACAGAUUUCACGGAUAAGGCUGAAUUUAUGUUCCACGUUCGUUCCCAUUUCGAGCCCCACGCGCAGCAAACCCCGCCCCAACACUCGAGCGGGAAACAGGCCGGCGACCCGGCGACAGCAGAGCUCAUCGCGCGCGGACUCGUCGACCCGUCGGGAUUAUGCAGCUAGAAUUAUCCCUCCUGUCAAUAUGUACCAUCGAUUCGUGUCUUACCAUAGUACAAGUUCUCCACUCCAUUUCGACCAGAACUUUUUCUCGCAUAGGAUCGUCAUGCAUAUUGUGAUUGUAAUUGAAUAUGUACUGAUUUAUUAAGGGGGCGGACGCACAGUAGUACGCUCGCGUGUACAAAAGAGGAAUACGUCGGCGAGAGGCGGCAGCUCUCGAAAAGCUGUCGACCAUUCAAGUUUCGUUUUUAUUUCUUUCUAGUUUCUCUCUGUUGUUUUCCUUUUUCAUUUCUUUUUUAUUUUCGUUUCUAUUCGCGGUUCAACGAUCCCGCACCCCUUUGACCAGUUAUCAGUGAUGCCCGAUAAUAUCGCUUGCCGCCGCCACUAGUGUGGAAACAGAGGAACAAAAUAUUUUUCGCAUCGCGCAACAUAUCAGGAACGCUAAGGUACUCGGGUUAUCCGUAAGGUGUACUACUGUGUGUCACGUAUAUAUGUAUAUGAAGCUAAGACAUACGUUACUCGUGAAAAUAUUUAGGUAUUGACGUGAUAUUGAUUUACGAGAAAGGGACACCACUAUUGCGUCAGUAUUUAAAUGUGAUUAUACUUAAUAGUAUACGUUCCUAAAUAGCUAGCUUCCCGCCAUUUUUAACCAUUAGCAGUAUCCGCUACUCGAUGUACAGGUUUGUUCUCAAUGCUAUUUUACUUCUUUAUCUUUGUUUUUUAUUUUUCGUUUUUUUAUACGUAUGCUCCAUGAUCUGGAGGAUACACCAUUUCAGAGUACAUAGGUCCAUUUCUUUUUUCUCAAAUCACGCGAUGAAACGAUGAAUUGCCGCGUCCCAGGGAACCACUUACCGAGAACGCCUAUUUGGAUAAGAUGUUCGUUUGAAAAUAGAAGUAUACGAAUAUUUUAUAUUGUUAAAAAUCAUUUAUUAUUGGAUGAUUAUACCAAGCUACAUAUAAAAGCGUAUUAAAGUUAAGAGUAUAUUUCGA